UGUGACGGAGUAGUUGUAUAGUAUGGUAUUAGUACUUUUACUGUGACGGAGUAGUUGUAUAGUGUGGUAUUAGUACUUUUACUGCAGUAAAGGAUCUGAGUACUUUCCGUAGUUUCUGAGGCGUCUCUCUGCUCAGUUUUCAGACUUGAUGAACAAACCGACGACAGAAACAGGUUUUAAUCAUCAAACUAACAGAACUCAUCAACAUUAAGAAGCGUCUCACUGACCUGAGAGGAUUUAACUUCCUGUCGUUUUCAGUCGAACCUAAACGUGAUGUUUGUAUCAUCAACUGAUUUAAUGUCUAACUACAUUUAGUAAAGUGAUAAAUUAGUUUACGGUAAACAUGACGCUCAGCGUUCUCGUAAUAAAGCGACAUUAUUUCCACAUAUAUCGAGUUUCCUCGUCCGCCGCGGUCACAAACAUCGAAUGUCGGAGCAACAAGUGGAACUAUUAGUCAGCCAAUAGAAACACUGAUUCAACGGUUUCAUUUCAGAGCCUCCUGAGUCCUGAUCUGACAUCAGAGUCCUGAUCUGAGAUCAGAGUCCUGGUCUCAGAUCAGAGUCCUAGUCUGAGAUCAGUUUCACUCAAACAUCAUCAAGCAGCUCCACGUCAUUAGUGUUGAAACUUUAUAUUAUUAACAUCAUUAUUAUUAUUACUAUUAUUAUCAUCACCAUCAUCAUCAUUAUUAUUAUCAUAUGUGCAGACAGACUCUGGUGUGUUUAAGCUGCUUCACAUUAAUAUUAAUAUUGAUAUUAAUAUUAAUGUGUCAGUUUAUUUAGACUGAAAUGAAACUUCACUUGGUGGAGUCACCUCUGAUCUGUCGCUCAAUGUUAACAAUGUUUAUGUUGAUAUAUUAGUAAUAAUGUUAACAAUGUUGAUGAUGUAACUGUAUUAGUAAUAAUGGUAUUGUAUUAAUAAUAAUGUUAAUAAUGUUAAUGUUUUAGGAAACAAUUAGUAAACCUUUGAUAUGUUUGAUCAAAUUAAACGUUGUAAUUUAGCGUAUAAAGUGAAAAUCAUCAGCUGUGAUUCAGGACACAUUUCAGUUCAAUAUUUAAGAUGUCCUCAUAAAGAGACGUAAUAAUUAAUACAUAUUAAUUCAUAUUUAAUAAAAUAAUAACUUGUGAAAAGGUGUUGAUCUCAGACAGAGUGAAGGCUUUAAUUCCACAUUUAGCGGGUUGUGUACCUGCAUGAAGCUGCAGUGACUCACCUGGCGGAGGAGACCUGUCCUGGACCGGGUCUCUGCCGUUGUGGUUUGGAUCAGACUCUCUAAGGUUUGAUGACUCACUCAGGUACGAGGUCUCUGUUUGGUCCUGACAGCAUGCAAAUCUGCUGCUCUGUGUUCCAGGUUACCUGAACGCACCUGAAGCUGCCGGCUAACACUGCACACCUGAAGCAUCUCAAACCAGGACCAGAUCCAGAACCAGAACCAGAACCAGAACCCAAACCAAGAUCACCUGAAGAACCAAGACCAGGACUCACUUCAGGUGAAUGUUUUUAAAACUCAGAACGCCAGCUGGUCUUUCUGUAGAACUUCGACUAAACCUGAGGUCUGUUUCAGAACCAGGACCUGCUAUAGACCAGCUGAAACAAAAACCAUCAGGACCAGAACCAUCAGAACCAUGACACCGUCUUCAGUCUUCCUCGUCCUCCUGCACAUCUGCAGCCUCCAUCUGAUAGCGGUCGCCAUGCCGACCUGUCAGCUAGAGGGAAACAUGGUCCAGUCGGCUCAUCACCUGCUCAGAGAUCUGGGGGGGCCGUUUCCUGCCCGCUGCCUGCCGUACAACGCCAACAUCUCCUUCCCAGGCUCCGCCUUCCCUGCUGCCAAAGCCAAUUCCCUGCAGUGCCCCCGAGUAUUAUGGGUAGUGGAUGAGUCACUGGAGGAGGCGGGGAUAAUGUUUGAGGAGCGUGAGCUUCCUGUUGCCUGGGACAACCAGAAGGUCAACAAGUUCAAACACCUGCAGCAACGUCUGGAGGAGGCAGGAAGCUGUUUGCCCAGUGUUGAUGAUUCAGGUGUUUUAUCUUCUUACUUCAGUAAUGUGACAGCAGUUCUGGACCAGCAGGACAGCGCAGGCUGUGGUUGGAUGGCUCUGAAGAGAGAUCUGGUCCGGAUCCUCGAGGCAGCCCUGCACAAGCACCGUGCCUGCUUCAGCUGGAGACCAAUACAGCACCAAAACCACACCCACUGAGGACCAAAACCACGCCCAUUGAGGACAGAGACCACGCCCGUUGAGGACAGAGACCACGCCCGUUGAGGACAGAGACCACGCCCACUGAGGACCAAAACCACGCUCACUGAUGACACUGAAAAUAUUUAUUUAUUUAUUGACCUAGUUUUGUAUUUAUUUAUUCAUAUAUUUAUUUAUAUAUUUAUUAAGACAAAAAAUCUAUAUUUAUUUGAUACUUCAUUUCACAUAUUUAUAUUUAUAUUUAUAAACUAUGUUCCUGCCUAUUUAAAUCGUGUUGUUCUGUUUGUCUCAAUGUUCAAUUUAAUCAGAAUAAAGCAUCUUGAAAUAAAACUCUGACAGUUUGACGUUUACUUUAACACACACACACACACACACACACACACACACACACACACACACACAGACAGUAAACAUGCUGACUCGGCGGUGGAGUGACUCACUGAUGAUAUUUUUUAGUUGAACUGUCUGACUCUCUAACCGUCUCACAGCGAGAGGGUCACAGGUUCAAACCCGAAGCUGCUCCGCGGCGUCCUCCUACAGUCCGACGACAUGCAGGUUAAUUGUUGACUCUAGCUAAUGUUAGCCAAUGCUAAGCUACACAUAGACAGAUACUGAGCCAAACUCAGUUAUCUGUCAUAAAGUUAUUAAAGUAUUAAAGAGUGAAACCAGGUGAAAGGUUACUUUCACUUUCACAUUCAGACUGUAAACACAGUGACUCAUUUUCAACAUUGAAGCCUUUAACUCAUAAUUUUGAAGUCACUCUGACUCACAGACAAAAGUGCAAUUAAUCCAUAAAUGCCACGCAGAUAAAUCAUCACCUGUUCAUUCCCUCUGUUAUUCAUCCAGUUGUGACUUGAGCAGAAGUGAAGAGAUAAAACAGGCCUGUCGGCACAAUCAGAAAACAUUCAAAACCAGACCUCGUGUAUUAAAUAAGUCACAUUAAAAUGAGUCAUUCACAGUAAUGGUACAAUCUGUAGUUUAAACUCAAACCUACUAUAUUAAACUAGGGAUUAGUUAAAUGAAGUAAACAGGAAGUUAAAUCUGACCUUCUGACAGACGAAGGUUUUAUUUACCUCAUGAACAAUAAACUAUCCUCAUUCAAAGAAACCAGAUACUGAUGCAAGUUAGUGAUCUUAACCAGAAACGGCAACGGUAAAAAUCACCGUUAGUGAUCUGUACCAGAAACAGCCCGGUAAAAAUCACCGUUAGUGAUCUUAACCAGAAACGGCCCGGUAAAAAUCACCGUUAGUGAUCUUAACCAGAAACGGCAACGGUAAAAAUCACCGUUAGUGAUCUUUACCGGAAACGGCCCUAGUAAAAAUCACCGUUAGUGGUCUUUACCGGAAACGGCCCUAGUAAAAAUCACCGGUAGUGAUCUUUACCGGAAACGGCCCUAAUAAAAAUCACCAUUAGUGGUCUUUACCGGAAACGGCCCGGUAAAAAUCACCGUUAGUGGUCUUUACCAGAAACGGCCCUAAUAAAAAUCACCGUUAGUGGUCUUUACCGGAAAUGGCCCUAAUAAAAAUCACCGUUAGUGAUCUGUACCAGAAACGGCCCUAAUAAAAAUCACCGUUAGUGGUCUUUACCGGAAACGGCCCUAAUAAAAAUCACCGUUAGUGAUCUGUACCAGAAACGGCCCUAAUAAAAAUCACCGUUAGUGGUCUUUACCGGAAACGGCCCUAGUAAAAAUCACCGUUAGUGAUCUUUACCAGAAACGGCCCUAAUAAAAAUCACCGGUAGUGAUCUUUACCAGAAACGGCCCGGUAAAAAUCACCGUUAGUGGUCUUUACCGGAAACGGCCCUAAUAAAAAUCAC